AUGACGAUACUUGGUGCCUCUGCGUUGAUUGCCGCUACUGUUGAGUGGGCAAAGGGGUUCAGACACAGUUCUUCAUCGUUUGCACCAGACAACCAGAUAGUGCAUCCCGAAAAUGGUCGACAUGAUUCUCAAACGGGGAGUGCGGAUCCGGAGGGCACCAUACGCGUCUUCCUCCGUGGGAUAGUGUUCACCGUGCUCCCGUCUUUGCUCUUCGGCCUCUUCAACAACUCUUUCCUCGCGGCUGACAUCUAUCAGCGGAUAAUGACGCCCAUUACCAAUAUGGCCAAACCACUUGAAGAGGAUGAACGCGCUCGUUUCUACCCAGGAGAACCAAAUAUCAAGGGCGCAAUGGCCAAGGAUAGUAUGCUGCUCGACUACAUUUCACUCGACAUCAUCAGUUGCGUUGCGGCCGCCGUGAGCAAUGGUAACUACAAAAUCGUCUGGGGUUUGCUUCUAGCAACAGUAUGCAACUCCGUCUACAUUGUCGCUGGCCGGAUUUUUGCUUUCGUGGAGACGCCAAGCCCAGCUGGUGGUGUGUAUUACGUGGUCACUAUUCAGGAGCGCAACUUCUUCGCCGCCUUCGGCAUUAUGAUCUUCUACAUUAUCAGCCUUUGGGUCCUCCGACCGCAUGGUGUGGUCCGCACUUGCCGUCGUCUUUUCACCCUGAUGGACCUGGCCUCAUUAGUGCACCAAAGCCAUAUUCUCCAAUGCCCUGAAUUCUGGCUGCAGAGCCCCUCCGAUACGGAGGAUCAUCUGCGCGCACAGGUGACAUUGGCCAACCGGGUCUACACCUAUGGCAUCUACAAGGGUUACGACCAGAAUGAACACGUUGGUAUUGCACCGCAUUCCAUUCCUCGUGCGUGGGAUAGGAGCGCCAGCGCUUCUCUCCCCAAAUUUUACUACUCGGUCGAGUUAGCACGAGAUAUGCUACGAUAUGGACUAGACGGCGACGACGCGCUCAAGUACGCGCAGAACCUUCUCGAGACCGGCCCCCGGACGGAGGAUGGUUGCGUCAGGGUGCGGUCAAACGAAUACCGAAGCUGGAGAAAGGGUUACAGGAGACCAAGAGGCCCACGAGGAAACAGCAGGAGUCACGAAGGCGAGACGAGCACGACGUCAUCGUAUCAGCCGCCUGGACCUGAUCCCUGGUCCGGAUCCUAUCAACGAAUCAGCCACAUCGAAACACCUACGAUGGACGACGAGACGGGUGAAACAGGAGCAAGGGAUAGAGACGAGGGCGAUAUGGACCGUCGAAGUUCGUAG